AUGGCACACGGCGGCAGCCGCGAUGAAUACACUGUCGGAUGGAUAUGCACCACGGCAGACAACCUCACUGCGGCACAAAUGUUGCUUGACAAAAAGCACCCAAAUCCAACUUCGAAAGAUGAAGAGAACAACGUAUAUACACUUGGUAGCAUCGGUUGCCACAACAUUGUCCUCGCAUCUCUACCAGCAGGUCAGGUGGGAGCUCAUUCCGCCGGCGGAGUGACUAUGGAGAUAAAACACACAUUUCCAGCUAUUCGAUUCUGGCUGAUUAUGGGACCCGGAGGUGGAGUGCCAGGAGGAAAUGCAGACAUCCGGCUUGGUGACGUUGUUGUUAGCCACCCAGUGAAUGACCAUGGCGGGGUGGUGCAAUAUGACUUCGGGAAAUCGACCCCAAGUGGAUUCAAGAGAACAGGCUUCCUCAAUGCCCCUCCCGCGAUCCUUCUCAACUCAAUUGUGAAACUGAAGUCAAGCCAAGAUCAAGGGGGAAGUAGCAUGACACCAAGCUUGUUGAGACUCAGCAAGGAGCCUAGGUUUAGACGCGACCAAGCAGGCAAAGAUGUUCUAUUCGAAGCAACAUACAGCCAUAUCGGAAAUGAAGGCUGUUCAUCAUGUGAUUCCUCGAAGGAGAUAGAAAGGCCUCGACGAGAGACUAACACACCGGAGGUUCACUACGGUACAAUUGCAUCGGGAAAUCAAAUCAUAAGAGACGGUGUGCUGCGGGACAAGGUCUGCUCAGAUAUCGAAGAAGUUCUCUGCUUUGAAAUGGAAGCAGCCGGCGUGAUGAAUAAUCUGUCGUGCUUGGUGAUUCGGGGGAUCGAUAACUAUUCUGACACCCAUAAAAACAACAGGUGGCAGGCAUAUGCUGCAGCGACAGCAGCGGCGUACGCGAAGGACCUACUGCUCAUUGUACCGGCGGCGGAGGUGGUGACAGUGCAGAAAGUGAAUCUACCGAAUACCGAAAGAAUGCCGCAUUUUUAUCUUCCCUUUCUACGGAAUCUGCAGUUCAUUGGCAGGAGCUCAGAGCUUCGUAUCCUCAAGCAGAAAUUGCUUAUAGACAAAGAUUGCCGGAAGAUGGCCAUCAGCGGCCUUGGCGGAAUUGGGAAGACACAGGUGGCAUUGCAGUUCGUGCAUUUUGUCAGGGAGAACUAUCCAGAAUUUUCCAUCUUCUGGCUGCAGGCGAUGGACAUGGAGACCUUCAAGCAGGGCUACAUGGGGAUCGCAGAAGCCAUGGGAAUAAAAUAA